AUGCGCGAGGCGGGCAGGAGCAGCCCGUCCUCUGGCCGCUGGAAAACUUCCUUGCAAGACACUCGGAUCCGGAUCUCCGGGGUCCCGGCCCUGCCCUUCACCGCCCCCCCAGCGGGGAUCUCCGAGAGCCGGUCCUGGAAACGGGCGCAGGGCUCGGAGGAGAUGCAGAGAGGUGCUGGCCGGGCGAACCCAGAGAAGCGGCUUGGCCUGGGCCUCGCCGGGCACGUGCCCUGCGAAGGAAGCGCCGCGCAGCGAACGCGAGGCUUGGGCCCCGGCCCCGCUUCUCCUCCGGCCCGGGCUCCGAGGCAGGCGCAGCAGAUCCGCCGAGGCCGCGAGCGGGAGCCCCGUUCGUGCCGGGUGCCCUGCCGCCGCCUCCGCCGCCUUGGCCAGGCCGCCUCCCGGGGCGGCUCCGCUCCCCCUCGUCGUCGCUUUUCACCGUGCCGGAAGGUCCAGCCGCCCUUCCUGGGAGGGAGUCCGAGCAGGGUUGUUGUGGCGAUAAAACGGAGAGGCAGAGGAUCAUUUACAGCGCUGGAGAGGUCAAGGCGGAGCUUUUUCCAGAUGUUUCUCAAGGCUAAGCGUGGGAGCACAUCACCUGCGGUGGAGAAGUUUUCCCAGUAUGCUGAGGAGCGUGGGAUUCCCGUGAAGAUGGUGAGGAGGACCGUUCUGGAUUUGCUCUGCAAGCAUGGCGUCCAUCAAGGGGUUUGCCUGGAAGUCACGCCUCUUCGACCCAUUGACUGGAAGGACGGGCUCUCCGAUGAGGUGCCUUGCACAGAGUCACAAUCCCUUUGGCUGGCUCUGGAGGGGAUAAAGGACCCCAUGAAUCUUGGGGCAGUUCUGCGGUCUGCUCACUUCCUUGGUGUCGACGGGAUUGUGAUGACCCGGAGAAACAGCUGCCCUCUGACACCGGUUGUAAGCAAAGCCAGCUCCGGCGCCAUGGAAGUGCUGGAUGUAUUCCACACAGCCGAUCUCCAAAGCUUUCUUAAGGCAAAAUCCGAACAAGGCUGGGAGAUCCUCGGGACCACUGGCCACGGGAAAACCGAAGAUGGCAUUCCCCUUGUCAACUCCCUGGAUUUCUGCUGGACGAGACCCUCCGUACUGGUACUCGGAAGUGAAGGCGAUGGACUUUCUCCAGAGACUAGACGUUUGUGCCAUAGAAUGUUGACCAUCUCUCCAGGGAGAAAGCUUCCGCCCGGGAUAGAGUCCUUAAACGUGUCCGUUGCGGCGGGAAUUCUUCUGCAUUCCAUAUGCAGCCAAAAGAAAAGGCACCACGAGGAUUUAAUUUCUAUUGCAGACACGAAGGCAUAGGCAGAUAAAUUGCAGAAAAUCUCUGUCAAGAAACAUUCUGGUCCAGAAAGUAUUGCUGUACUUUCUGGCAGCCGGAGAACUUUCUUGAAGUUGAGCAAGAAGAAAGAACUACUUUGGAAGAGGGAUCUCUGGAAAGUAGCCAACCUCGUCUUGCUUAGGCAUUGGGUAUUCUUUGGACUUUUAGAUAUGUGUAGUAUCCGAUCCUACUAAACAUUUUUAAGGGUACUUCCUUGUAGCCAAGAUUCACACAAGUUUUGAACUGUGCCAAGAGUUGCACAGAACUGGUCUGAAUACAAGCUGCAAAUCUCUGCUCCA